UUUCUCAUCAUGAGAGCUCUUCCAGCCACAAACCGCAAAGCCGCUUAGUUUGAAACUGAUUUCCCUCUUGACACGAUCCUGCUUCAACUUUUAAUUUUUAUUGCCCUUCUCUCUCACUCAUUAUGGUCGAUUGUGUUGUGAAUGAUAUCAGUACUUUUCUAUCACCUCCAGUUCAACGUUUACUUGUUGAUUCAAGGGAAGAUCAUCUAACCUCUAGUUACAAUGGUUCAGGUUCAGUGACAUCUCACUUGACAUUUAAUUGGGAUGUAGUUUCUACUAACUUUGACACAUUGUUAGAAUUUUCUGAUCAUGAUGGCGACCAGCAGAGGUAUCGUCAAGUUUGCGAGGAAUUAUGGCCUCUUAUCAAAGAAUGUGGAAGAAAAGUGCAGGAAUGUGUGUCAAUCCCAGUUCACCUUUUAGAAUGGACUAGUAGCAUUGGAGACAUCCAACAUUGUUUCACUCAAAUGCAAAAGAAAAAGUGUUCCAUUAUCCCUCUGAAAAUAUCUUUACACUUGUCCUCUAUACUGGAACAUUCUCUGGGAAAUGUCUUUAAACUUAAAGAAAAAAAUGUUCCAUUUCUUCUGAGGGACUUACUGAGUUCAACUGAACUCAUGGGUAUUUUUGGCGAACUGCCCAUGUUGGUCGCAAGGGCUCUUCUUGGAUCCCCUUUGGGUUUCAAUUUAAGGAAUAUUUGUUGGCAUGGUUUCCCCGCCCCAGAAGAGAUUUGCAUGAGUUUGGCUGCUGCACUUUUGGUAUUAAUCACUUCGUUUGGAGAGCUAUUGAGUAUUGCAGACAUCUCCUCUAUUCCUUGCCGCCUUAAAAUUGGAAAGAAUACAUGGGCUUGCUACCUGCCCACCUUUGAAAGCUUGGACUUCCCUAAAUUGAAGCAUAAUUGCAGUGAAGUUACUGCUAUACUCGAGAAUGUUGACAGCAUCCCUUCAACUCAUCAGUCUUACUGGACCUCAUCAUUUAAUUUUUUAUGUACUGGCUCUAAUGGAGAGUGCCUUCUGUUACUUCUGCCGGCCCUUGAGCAUACUCUACGAUGUGCUUAUUGCUCAGUAAAUGAAUGUCCUCAACGUAUGCUGGUAGCUGAGCAACAUGUUCUCUACACCACAAUGGAUGAAAUUUUGGACCAAUACUUUAUGAAAUCAGAAAGUGUUAAAACUGAGAACCGCCUACCGUCCCUUCUUGGCAAUAAGCUCAUGGAAAUGUUACUGGAUAUGUUUAGUAGCUUUGGCGGGCCACGAAUUCGUGAUAAAUUGAGCCACGGAGAAUGCAUUUUAGAAGAGAUUCCAGCAAUUGUUGCUAAUCAUCUCUUUUGCAUAUCAUUACUGGUGUUACUAAAGCUAGGACAUACAACCUCAAUUGACCUCAGUACUUCUUUGUUUAAAAUGGAAGAAGAAUACAUUGCCAAGUUUCACUCAAUAUCUCUUUUGAAAUAUGAAGCAUUCACUGUGACAGAUCAGCUCAAAGCUUUUCAUAUCUAUUUCAAACCAGAUUUAAUUAGUUCUGAAGUAUUAAAUUUUCAGACAAGUUUGUGUGCUCAAGUUUUAAAGUUUCCAAAUUGUCACCAAAGUAGUGAUAUAGAUAGUCUAAUUGAAUCAUGUUUGAAGCAGCCAGUGAUAACACUUUUCAGAAACAAAUCAGACCUAGGACACAUAUCUACAUUGAGAAAAAUAGUUACUGCUGUUCAUGAAGCAUGCAAAAAUUGCCUUGGUGCUUUAGAGAAUCGUCAAAACUGCCUUAAUCAGCAUGCCCUCAGGUCUCGGCAGAGAACAUCCUUCUUUAGAAUGUUGGACUUCAUGCCCUCAUUCCAAGUAGUUGUGAAAUGCCUUGUAUUGACAGUUCUCUUUCAACUAUUGAUCCUUCCUCAUAUGAUUGUAAACUCAAAAUUCAUCAAGAGCAUGCAACAAUACGCUGAUAACAUGUCAUCACUGUCCUGUUCCGAGAAAAAUAGGUGGACUGAGAUGCAGGAGAAAACAACCUGCUUUUGCCUUCAUUCCGUUCAUCUUCUCGACAAAACACUCGAAACUAAUUUGCUUCAGGCUGAAACUUUAAGGAACUUAACUAACCAAGAAGAACAACUUGCGACAGUUGACUAAAUUAAGAUAGAAAACAAGUGGAUGAAAAUUAAAGAGGUAUUUGUAUCUGAA